CAACUGCAGACCUAACCAAUCGAUCUGAAUCACACCUUCAGUCUUAUGAGCGGAGCACCGAUCUUCCUCCUGCGCAAACAUGGCGAAUGAUAAGGAUCCUUUGAAACAGUUGAAACAUUUGACACAGCUCAGAAAUCAGUUGCAGGAAAUCCAGAGACAAGUAGAGAGUGAAGUUUCUGUUGGGAUUCCUCACGGCAGUACUGUGUUGGGAUCUCCAUUUUUCAAGGGUUUUCUGGCUGGUUACGUGGUGGCUAAGCUGCGCUCAUCAGCUGUCGUAGGCAUGAUACUUGGAACAGUCACUGGAAUGUAUGUGGCACAAAACUACCAAGUGCCAAACAUUGAAAAGACUUUCAAAGAGUAUAUGAACAAUGUGAAAAAGGCACCAAAGUAAUGUUUGAUUGAAAGUUAAAAUUCAUGGUGUUUCGCUUGUGAUACACAGAUGGAACUGUUGACUCGUGCUGAAAGCUGGAGUAAAGAUGAUUAACUGGAACUCAAAGUGAAAGACUGGCAUUUUAAUUUUUUAUGCAAACAUAAAAGUAUGUUGUUUCUGUUCUACUUGCAAUUUUUGGCUGUUAACACUUGAUGUAAGAAUCUGUGCCUACACAAUGUUAAGGUUUGGUCCCUAACGUUUAAUAAUUUAUUACUAUUAUUGUUGUUGUUGUUGUUAUUAUCUGAUUUGGGUUUUCAUUCAGUCGUGUAAAGUAGAAACAAUUCCUGUAAAUGUUACACCUACGUUGCAUUGUUAAGCAGUAAAUACAAGUUGGAAUA